ACAUGCACACUAAAGUAGAUACUUCGACUUGUAAAUCUCGCGAUAACUUGAUCCAGUGUUACCCAUGGUUUACCCCUCCCUGAGUCCCUGGGCCGGUGCUCAUUGGUCUCUGGAUCCACUUCCGACUGAGCAUGUGUGUAGCAGCCAUUAGCUAUUAGCAUCUAGAGAUGGCCGCAGACAAGCAAAACGAAGCCAAAAUUGGCUCCAUGGAUGAAAAAAAAAAGAAUUCACAAGAUGGAGGACUGAAUCUGGAAAUUUUGCAAAUAAUCAAGGAGUCUCAGCAGCAGCAUGGGCUCAGACAUGGAGACUAUCAGAGAUACAGGGGCUACUGCUCCCGUAGACUGCGUCGUCUGCGUAAGACUCUUGGCUUCAAGAUGGGCAAUCGGCACAAGUUUGUGGGGAAGAAAAUAACUGUUGAAAUGCUUUCUGAUAGCAGGUACCUGUUGCUGGUUUUGAUGGAGGCAGAGCGAGCAUGGAGUUAUGCCAUGCAGUUGAAGCAGGAAGCCAACACGGAGCCCCGUAAACGCUUCCACCUGUUAGCACGUUUGCGUAAGGCUGCCAAACACAGCGAGAAGCUGGAGAAGCUCUGUGAGAGUCCCCGGGUCGAUGCCAAGACUAAACUUGAGGCGCAGGCCUACACUUCUUACCUGUCUGGUAUGGUGGAGUUUGAAUUGCAGGAGUGGAAACCUGCCAUGGAGGCCUUCAACAAAUGCAAGACCAUCUAUGAGAAGUUGGCUAGUGCGUUCACUGAGGAAUUGGCAGCUCUGUAUCGCCAGCGUGUGGAUGAAAUUUCACCUAACAUCCGAUACUGUGCUUACAACAUUGGUGAUCAGAAUGCCAUCAACGAUUUGAUGCAGAUGAGACUAACUGGUGGAGGAGGAGGCAUGAUGGCUGAGAAACUGGAGUCCCUGAUCACUCAGGCUAGAACUAAGCAGGCAGCCACUAUGAGUGAGGUGGAGUGGAGAGGACGGUCGGUGCCUGUGAAGAUGGACAAGGCCCGCAUCUUCCUGUUGGGACUGGCAGACAAUGAGGCUGCCAUUGCUCAGGCAUCCAAUGAGGAGACCAAAGAGCAUCUAUACGAGACGCUGCUGGCCGAGUGCAGAGACACCAUCCAGGCUGUGAGAGAGGAGCUCAAGAGUGAAGCGAAGCAGCGAGACAGGAGCUCUGAUGCUGACAGUGGCAAAGUGUCAAACCUGCAGUUCCUGCACAGUUACCUGACCUAUAUCAAGCUGUGCACGCUGGUGAAGAGGAACGAGAGCAUGGCCGACACUCUGCAGGCUAAACUGAAGGAACCUGAAGCUGAUGAGAACAAGAGAGGGCCCCGCCCACAGGACCUCAUCCGCCUUUAUGACAUCAUCUUGCAGAGUCUGGCUGAGCUCUCCACUCUGCAGGGUUUGGAGGAUGACCACACCUUCCAGAAGGAGGUUUCCCUUAAGAUACUGGUCUACAAGGCCUACAGGUGUUUCUUUAUAGCUCAGUCUUAUGUGCUGGUGAAGAAGUGGAGUGAGGCGCUUGUGCUGUACGAGAGAGUGCUGAAAUAUGCCAAGGAGGUGCAGUCUAAGGCAAAGAAUCUCAACAACAGCCUGAAGGAUCUCCCUGAUGUUCAGGAGCUCAUUGCUGAGGUCAAUGCUGAAAAAUACUCCCUCCAGGCCGCUGCCAUUUUAGACACUGAUGAGACCGCUGAAGUUCCCUCUCAGCAGCAGGUGAAAGACAACACGCCCCUCUGCAACCGUCUGGAGACCUUCCGUUUGGAUAACAGCCUCAUAGGAAAGCAGCCAAAUCUGGUCCAGUUCCCUCCUGACUUCCAGCCAAUCCCUUGCAAGCCACUGUUCUUCGACCUCGCUCUAAACCACGUGGUCUUCCCGCCGCUAGAUGACAAGGUGGAGCAGAAGGGCAAGGGCGGCCUCACCGGCUACAUCAAGGGCAUCUUUGGCUUCGGCAGCUAAAUCAGUCCCCGGGUUUUGGUUUCCACGAAGGCUCCUGAGUUCACCAUAAACAACCAGACUCGGGUCAUGGUUUAUUUUAAUAAUUUCAACUUCUAAAAUGAUAUAAUUAUUAGUAGCUAAGUGCAAGAAGAGUGGAGUUUGUAUCUGCAAGGGAGGCAGAGUUGUUCCAAUAUUUCAACAAAGAUCGAAGAAAAGUAAUUGAAUUAGUUUAUAGUAGCAAAAUGACCCAAGUCUCUGUGCCACCUUCAGAAAUAACAUCCAGCUGUAUGGGUUCAUAGCUGAAAGGCUGCCUCCUUUACAGAGCCAUCAAAAUGUCUCUGUUACUUUUAAGUUUUACAGGAUAUCAUGCCAUGAUCUCUAAGUACAGCCAUGUUGUCGACCUCAGUCUUUGUAGAGUAAAAAAUAAGCCACGUAGGCUCCAUUAAUUAGUUAAAUUUUUUCAAAUGUUUUCAAAGCGCCUUCUUCUAAUCAUGUCUCUUUUUAUUUGUGAGUUUUCUUUUUCAUUUCUUAACAUAAAAGUAAUUUUCUACAUCACCUUAACUGACUUAAAAAAGGCAGUGCCCUCCAGAUACCCUGUCAUUUUGCUUUGAAGAGCUGAAGCUAAUUUAUCAUUCAUCAUAGUUUCAGAACACUUGAACUGUCACAUCUCUUCCAGUCACCUUUUGCUACGUUUUAAUGUGUACAAGGAAUGUCAGUAAUGUUACCAAGGCCUCUUCAAACAGAAGGACAGGAUCAGAACUUGCAUUAACAAGGCAAUGAAAAUGCUGAGUGGUUUAGUGUUUGAGUUUUUAAGGUUGUCAACAACCUACACAGGUUGCUUCAUGUGUUUGGCUGGUGACUACAGAGAAAGAUGUCUCUUCAAACUCCAAUUAGCCCCAGCUAUAUUUUUAUUUUGACUUUUUCAGCAGAAUCCCAGAUGUUGUACAAAAACAACAACUAUCCAUCAUGGACUCUAGGGAGCCACGCCUGUUUGUCCGCCAUGGGUAGGACUCUGUUAUCAUCAACACCGACAUGUCUGAUGAUAGACUACAGUGCUAGAAAAACCUUAUGUUAUCAUUUGUUUGCAGCUGUGAUGUCAGCUACGAUACACAGUUCCUGUGAUUCUGAGGGGACCUGUUUGUUUGUUUUUUGUGAAACCUGGCGUAACAUCAGAUAGAGGUUUAUAAAAGUGUCAGUCACCAGCUAGUACAUUUAAGUGUUUUGUUCACUCAUUUUAAAGAUUGUUUUUAUUUGGCCUAAACUGUUUCCCCUCUCAGUGUUUUUUGUUAAAGGAUCGGGAUGGAUGUGCUGGAAUGACUCCAACCCUUUACCUCCAAUAACCUGGGAUUCAAUAACAGAGUGUGGACAAGUAAUUCAAAAGAGAAAUGAUGAGAAGAUGUGAUUUAAUUUAAUUCCCAGGCCUGAAUAAAAAUAAAUCUGCACCAAAAAACUUA